UGUCAGAAAUAUCGGAAAUCAAAUUGUCACUAUGAAGAAGGGGACUUACAAACGACAGACGUCUACCUCUUCGUCCCGGUCCUUGACCCGGUCCCCGUCUCGAUCUCGGUCUCGGUCUCGGUCCUCGGCGUACACCUUUCAGACUUCCAAUCUGGAGUUGAUGCUAAACGACUCUGACAGCAAGGUGCUCAGGCCGAGCCGUCAUUUGCCCCAUAUGCCCCAUGCAACAGGUACAAUGGACAACCUCAAGAAACCUCUCCCGAUUGAGGUGAGUGUGUGGUUCUGGGGAGCUCGCGUUAUCCCCUUAACUGCACUAGAAUCGAUUCGAAUCGACUCUUUCUACAUAUAUAGCGUUACUGAUGAAGUUUUCUGGGCUCAGUUGAGUCGAAGCCGAACUAUCCGAUUCCCUACCCAGCUCGGAACGAUGAGAUUCGAUUCACGCGAAAAACAGCAAUCUUGA